GUCAGCUCGUUCGUUCGCAUAGUUUGGUUUAGUCGCGAGUGUGUUCUAUUCUUGUCUACGUAUUUCGCAAACAUGUUUAGCAAAGUGCUUAUCCUGGCCGCGGUCACCGUGUGCAGUGUGCUGGCCGCUCCCCAGAAGCGUCUCGGUGGACCGCUGCCGCUCGGUACGGCCGAAUCGCAGGCCGUCAUCCUGGCGCAGGAGCAGAACCACGACCCGAGCGGUGCGUACAACUAUCGGUACGAGACGAGCAACGGCAUCGCGGCGCAGCAGACCAGCUACGAUGGCGCCAAUGCGGCCGGCGAGUACUCGUACACCGGCCCGGACGGUGUGCUGUACCGGGUGGCGUACAAUGCCGACACGUACGGGUUCCAGCCGCAGGGUGCCCAUCUGCCGGUCGAGCCGCCAGUACCGGACCAUGUGCUGAAGUCGCUCGAGGAGAUUCGCGCCAAUCCGCCGCGCGAUCAGGAGUUCAAUCUGGCCGCGCUCGAUGCACAGAUCGCACGGCUACGGGCCACUCUGGGCUAAGCCAACGGAGCACAGCCAACCCAACACAAAAGACAAGCGCAUGGUUGUGAUCGCGAUGGUGCCCCAGGGACAGGGCAGGAAGGGUUGAUUUGUUGUUGAGAUGGUGUCCGCUGAUGUUUAUGUUACAGUUACAACAUUUAAAAUAACAAUAAACAUGUUUCGAACGAUUUUGUACAACUUGCGUGCGUUUGGAUUGUUUUG